AUUAUCCCGACUACAAGAAAUGGGUACGCUGCUACCAUUGCAAUGAGACUGGCCAUGUUAUGCGUAACUGCAGUCGUAAUGGAUCAAUCGACUCCUCUCCCAGCAAGGUCCGUGCAGUGGAGAGAUCCUCAAGUCAGCCAAAACCUAGAAAAGGGACAAACAAAGAUUCUACUGCCUCACCCAAGGCUGCUCCUAAGAAACCAAUGACACAAGAAAAUUCCCCUGCUGGCUCUCCAGUUCCUCAAGAUUACAAGAAUAAUGAAAGAGAUGCAACGGUUGCUCUCAAUGGUAAAAACGGUGUUGAAGAGGACACCACUAUGAAUGAAAGCAACCUUAAUCCGGUAAAUGAUUCUGAUGCGGUAAAGACUAUCUCAAAAGACAU